AUGGGCGACUACUGCACGCUCAUGAACCAGUCGACGAUUGAGGGCAUCGUUCGCUUUGGUACCGGGGUGCGUGUGAUGUCCCACGUGUACAUACCUUCCCGCACGUGGGUGGGCGACCACGUGUUCAUCGGCCCCGGCGUCACAUUUACCAACGACCGGUUUCCCGGCCGCAUCGAGCCGAUGCCGACUCCUCGCGGGGCGACCAUCGAGGACGACGUGAUGAUCGGAGGCGGCGUGACGGUGAUGCCGGACAUCACCAUCGGCGAGGGCAGCUUCAUUGCGGGAGGCGCGGUCGUGACCAAGGACAUCCCGCCGAGAAGCUUCGUCAUAGGCGUGCCGGGGAGGAUAUCCCCGCUACCCGCCGCGCUCGACCGCCCGAAUAUCCGCGAGCUAACGAUCCAGACCCGCAGCUUCUGGGAUCCGCGCUCUCCAUACCAAGGGGAGUCGGUCUGGCCCGACUGGUGGCCGGACAAGUUCAGUGACUAG